UAUCCUUUUUGUCCCUCUCGGGUUGCCGUACUCAGUCAGUUAGCAAACCCACGGUAACCACAGCACCCUCGCGAACAGGUGAAAGUGUCCUCGUGCAACUUUUCUGGUGAAUACUGCCUCCUCAAAAUAAACCAGCGACUGUAUUGAAGACAAGCUUCCACCUUUAACUUCCGAAAUGGCGUCGUCUGCAAUGAUCACUGUCCCCACCACCGCCUCCCGCUUCGCCCUGCUCCAGAUAGACUCGGAUUCGGACUCCGACACCUCUGAUGCAGGGAAGUUCAGCACAAAAGGCGGACGGGAGAACUCCGGGAAGCCUAAACAAGGAAAAGCGGCCGGGGGGAAAGCGGGUCAGCUGAACGACAAGAAGAAGGACAAGAAAAAGAAGAAGAAGGAACAGCAGCAGAGUGAGGCAAAUGAGUUACGUAAUUUGGCCUUCAAGAAGAUUCCUCAGAAAUCGGGUGCUCCCCCUCCCAAUAUGACGCUGUCAGGAAUCGCCAGUGAACUCAUCAAUCCGACCGCAGGGGACCACAAUCCCCCUCCUGAGGGGUGGCAGCAGUGGAAACAGAGGGAUGAGCAGAUAACCACUGAGCUGUAUGAGGCAGACUUGGAAAAGGCCUUAAUUCUAAGUAAACUGGAAUUCGAACAACAGAAACAGCACGUCAACACAAACACCUCCUCCCCGAAGUCUAGAGGAGGAAAAGAUGGCGGAGGAAAGAAGGACAAAAAGAAGAACCAGCAGGCGAAAGACAAAAAGACAGUUUCACUGCAGGACUUUCAGGCUGAGGGAAGUGCAGAACAAUUGAGUAAGAAACAAGAGAAAGAGGAUGCCAGAGUGGCUAACUCGACGUUGGGAGUUGGGCAGGAGGAUCGUUUUUUCAACAAGCUGGAGGAUGACGUCAGUCGGAUCAUCCAACAGGAGAAGAGACGUGAGCAGUACUCCAAUAGUCCGGGACAAGAAGUCAACACCUCUACAGAACAUGAACCAGACCCCCGAGCAGAGCAACUGAAGUAUGAUCUGGAGAAGAAGGACCAAGAAAUCGAUAAGCUAAAGAAGACCAUCUCACAGUGGGAGGUGAAAUACAAAGAAGUAAAAGCAAGAAAUUCUCAACUGCUGAAGAUGCUUCAACAGGGAGAAAUGAAAGACAAAGCAGAAAUCCUCCUACAGGUAGAAGAGCUACUACAUAUAAAAGAAGAACUUUCAUCACAGGUAACAUUACUACAUGGUGCACUUGAACAAGAGAGGUCUAAAGUCAAAGGACUGCAGUCGGAACAACCUAAACAUCAGGGUAACAAGAAAGGGAAGAAAGGCUCGGAAGCAGAUCUAUGAAAGUUUCAUACACAAAAGACCGUCAAGCAAAAUCAAAUGAAUGAAUGAACAAAUGAAGAAAACGCUACUGAUCGCAUUCAGGGUUCUAUUUGCCCAAUCGGGAUUUUUUUUUUAUAGUUUGGACUUGAUGUCAGCAUAUUAUGCAUGCCCCUGUUAUUACAAAUACACACGACGAUACAAAAUACACUCCAGACAUGAAGAAAAUGAUAUAUUACACAGCUGAACAAGAAUUACACAAGUUAUUAAAAAUGACAAAGGUUUGAA